AGAUAUCAAAUUUGCAUCAACGACGACCGUGAUCUGUACGUCUGGAAGGAGACAUGGAAAGAAGACACGGUUGCAGACUUCUUGACGCGUCUGUCCAGUUCCACAAUACCUCGACUUGACCGCCAGAGGAUACAUUUGAGCUUUGACGGCGUUCGUCUGGGUGAAUCCACAACCAUGAGAGAGACUGGUCUGGAAGAAGGAGAUGAACUAGCUCUCCAUUAUGGAUCCUCACACGCAUGCAAGCUAUGCACCGGAUCACGGUACAUGACUCGUCAGAACGGUUGA